AUCAUCAUCCAUCUUCUUCCCCUCCAUCACAAUCUCUACCAAAACAACAACAACAAGCAAUGGACAACAACCGGUAACACACCAAAUCUCCCAACCUCCAAUUUCUCAAGCAGAAACCGAGCCCCCGUCCAAUCAAAAUGGAGGCUCUAAAUCUCGACGACGCCCCACCACCACAGGUGCUGGGCCAGCCACCGCAGCAGAACCAACAGCUCCCACCACAAAUGUUCACCACCGCAGCGCAAUUACUAGAUCUGACCGAUAAGAAACUAAUGGUCUCCCUCCGCGACGGCAGGAAACUCAUAGGCGUCCUCCGCUCCUGGGAUCAAUUCGCAAACCUAGUCCUCCAACAAACCAUCGAACGAAUCUUCGUCCCGUCCCUCUCUCCCUCGGAACCAGGCCUCUUCGCCGACGUCCCGCGGGGCAUCUUCCUCGUGCGCGGCGAAAACGUGACGUUAUUAGGAGAGAUCGAUCUCGACAAGGACGACGACACGCCGACGGGGUACGAGCGGGCGGAUGUCGAGGUCGUGCAUCGGUUGUGGAGGGAGCGGAAGGGGAGGGAGGCGAAGAGGGAGAGGGGGCGGCGGGCGAGGUUGUUGAGGGAGGUGGGGUUUGAGGGGGAGGUUUUGGGGGAGGGUGGUUGA